AGGAGAGGGACUUGCUUUAAGGUGCUUAACAUUUUUUAGAUUCAUAAGGUUCUUGUCUGUUGUCUCUAAUGAGUUUUGUAGGGGAUGAGAAUGAAAAUUUCAACCAGUUAAUGCUAAUAUCUUGAAGCAAUGGUAUAAUGAUGAGCCAUUUUAUCUCCUCAAUAGAACCCGUAGAGCACAGAUGAUGAGCCAUUUUAUCUCCUCAAUAGAACCCCCGCUUGCAGAUGCUUAUGGACUGCUUAUGCAUAGGAAUGGCCAAUGGGAGUGGACUCUUGCACCAGGCGUGUCACCUUCCCCAAGAUAUGAACAUGCAGCAGUUUUUGUUGGUGCUAGAUUGCACGUUACCGGCGGCGCUCUUAAAGGCGGACGAGCAGUAGAAGGUGAAGCAGCGAGUGCAGUACUGGAUACUGCUGCUGGGGUUUGGCUUGACAGAAAUGGGCUGGUGACUUCACGUGGUAACAAAGGACACGCUGAGCAUGAUCCCUCUUUGGAGCUUAUGCGUCGAUGUCGCCAUGCAGCUGCAUCUGUUGGUGUCCAAAUAUAUAUUUAUGGUGGUCUGAGAGGAGAUACUUUGUUUGAUGAUCUUCUGGUUGCAGAGAAUUCUCCAUUUCAAUCUGACAGGGGUUUGACAUCUAAAAAUCCGGCAUCAAAUUCAAGUUUAACUUCGUAUUCUUCCACAUCAACUCAAGAUGGAAGAUCUGAAAUACCCUCAUCUGGUGGUUUGAGCACGGACAAAAAUUCGAUGGUGAAACUGGCUGAGGCGUCCGCUGCUGAAGCUGAGGCGGCUAAUGCUGUCUGGCAAGCAGCUCAGGCAGCAGCAGCUACUCCUGAAGAAACAUCUGUAUCAGAUGACGCUUCACAAGCUGCAGAGACCAUUUCAGAGGGUAGUGACACUGAGGCUGAUGUCCGCCUUCACCCUAGAGCGGUUGUAGUUGCAAAAGAAGCUGUGGGGAACUUGGGAGGUAUGGUUAGGCAGUUAUCUUUGGAUCAAUUUGAAAAUGAAAGUAGACGAAUGAUUCCAUUGCCUAAUGAUUUGUCACAUCCAACCAAAAUAUUUACGAGGCAGAAGUCUCCUCAAGGCUUGCAUAAAAAGAUCAUAUCUACUUUGCUUAGGCCUCGAAAUUGGAAACCUCCUUCGAACAGAAAAUUCUUUCUGGACUCCUAUGAAGUUGGUGAGCUUUGUUAUGCAGCUGAGCAGAUCUUUAUGCAUGAGCCAACUGUUCUUCAACUGAAAGCUCCUGUCAAAGUGUUUGGUGAUCUGCAUGGACAGUUUGGUGAUCUCAUGAGGCUGUUUGAUGAAUAUGGAUUUCCUUCAACUGCAGGCGAUAUCACGUAAGUUCAUUGUUAUAGGUUA